GGGCAUUGUGGGGACGAGAUGAAGCGUUCCUCGGAUUCUCUGCGCCGCGCUGCAUUGUGGGUUGUUGUCCGCUGGCGCGGUGCAUGCCGGUCCUAGCAGGGUGACAGCGGGGACGUCAGAGUGAAUCUCCCCCCUCCAUCACAGCAGGAAGCCGGCAGGAAGCGAGGCCUCCAAUCCGGCCCAUCCUGCGAGAUAAGCGGCUCAGCUGCAUCCCGAGCAUCCGGGGAGGAGGUGGAGAAGGAAGGGACGAGUCAUGGAUAAAGUGCCGGGUCUGGAGAGCACAGCUGGAGGAGGAGGAGGCGGCACCGCUGGAGCAUCAGCUGCUAGGAAACCUCCCAGACCGGCUGCCCCGCCGUCACUGCCCAGCUCCCGGCAGCCCAGCGUGGAGACCCUGGACAGUCCCACUGGAUCACAUGUUGAAUGGUGCAAGCAGCUGAUAGCAGCGACAAUAUCCAGUCAGAUCUCCGGUUCUGUGCCCCCUGAAAAUGUUUCUCGAGAUUACAGGGUCUACAAGAGGCCCGAUACGAGGGAUUGCUUACAGGUAAAUGUCAUUGAUAUACAGGACGAGCACAAUGGCUAUCAUUCCGAAACGGAGGCUGAGCAGGUGGCUCUGAGAGAUGGGAACAAGCUGGCACAGAUGGAGGAGGCACCACUUUUUCCUGGCGAGUCUAUCAAAGCCAUUGCUAAGGAUGUCAUGUAUAUCUGUCCAUUCUGGGGAGCGGUGAGCGGGACGCUAACCGUAACUGACUUCAAGAUGUACUUUAAAAAUGUGGAAAGGGACCCUCCAUUUAUCCUUGAUGUUCCUCUCGGUGUAAUUAGCCGAGUUGAGAAGAUUGGAGUUCAAAGUCAAGGAAAUAACUCUUGUGGUAUAGAGAUUGUUUGCAAGGAUAUGAGGAACUUGCGGCUAGCGUACAAGCAGGAAGAGCAAAGCAAGCUGGAAAUAUUUGAGAAUCUUAUAAAGUAUGCAUAUCCUGCUUCCAAUGGGCUGCCUCUGUUUGCCUUCAGCUACAAAGAAAAGUUUCCAGUAAAUGGCUGGAAAGUUUACGACCCCACAGCAGAAUACAAAAGACAGGGUUUGCCCAAUGAAAGCUGGAAGAUUUCAAAGAUCAACAGUACCUACGAGCUCUGUGACACUUAUCCAGCAGUUUUUGUUGUCCCCACAAGUGUGGCAGAUGAUGAUCUGGCCAGGGUUGGAGCAUUUAGAGCCAAAGGACGCAUUCCAGUUUUGUCAUGGAUUCACCCAGAAAGCCAGGCAACAAUCACCCGUUGCAGCCAGCCUUUGGUGGGGCCCAAUGACAAGAGGUGUAAAGAAGAUGAGAAGUAUUUACAGACUAUUAUGGAUGCCAACGCACAGUCACACAAAGUUAUUAUAUUUGAUGCCCGGCAGAACAGUGUUGCUGACACGAACAAGGCUAAAGGAGGAGGAUACGAGAGUGAGACUGCUUAUCCCAAUGCGGAGCUGAUAUUUCUGGAGAUACACAACAUCCACGUGAUGAGGGAAUCCCUGCGUAAACUGAAGGAGAUUGUGUAUCCAUCCAUCGAUGAGGCUCGCUGGUUGACAAACAUUGAUGGAACACAUUGGCUUGAAUACAUAAGGAUGCUUCUGGCUGGCUCUGUGAGGAUUGCAGACAAGGUUGAAUCAAGCAAGACCUCAGUUGUGGUUCACUGCAGUGACGGCUGGGACAGAACGGCACAGCUUACAUCCUUGGCAAUGCUAAUGCUGGAUAGCUAUUACAGGACAAUUAAAGGAUUUGAAGUUCUGAUUGAGAAAGAAUGGAUAAGCUUUGGCCAUAGGUUUGCUAUGAGAGUGGGCCAUGGUGAGGACAAUCAUGCUGAUGCAGACCGAUCCCCAAUUUUUCUUCAAUUCAUUGACUGUGUUUGGCAAAUGACAAAUCAGUUUCCUGCAGCCUUUGAAUUCAAUGAGCUUUUCCUCAUCACCAUCCUGGACCAUCUCUACAGCUGUUUGUUCGGCACGUUCUUGCACAAUAGUGAGCAGCAGAGAAUGAAGGAGGAGGUGCAGACAAAGACAAUAUCGCUAUGGUCAUACAUUAAUAGCCAUGUGGAUGAGUUUACGAACCCUUUCUAUGUGAAUUAUGAGCACCAUGUGCUGUAUCCAGUCGCAAGUCUGAGCCACUUGGAACUCUGGGUGAAUUAUUACAUUAGGUGGAAUCCGAGAACCAGACCUCAGAUGCCAAUUCAUCAGAAUCUUAAGGAUCUCCUGGCUAUUCGAGCAGAACUACAGAAGAAAGUGGAAGAACUUCAGCGUGAAGCAACAACCAGAUCUGUGUCCUCUUCAUCUGACCGAGGAUCUUCCCCUUCACAUUCCGCAACUCCUGUACACACCGCUGUGUGACUGGCAACAAGUACUGAGGGCCCCAGUAUGGAGACGUACUAGCAAUUUGUCAGGUGCUCUCUUACAUCUGGUGUGUAUGAAGAAAUACCAUGUGAAACACCAAGCUGUCUGGCCACUUUUUUCAGGGUUCUUUAUUUUGUAAAUAAACACUUCACCUGCUACAAACCUGACAAAAGGAAACAAUAUCAGGAUUAACUGCUGGAAGCCAUUCCGUUUUUCCUCCCGAUAUGCAGGAUAUGUACAUAUGAUUGUUACCAUUCAAUAUUGUUUACAGGCCGUGCAUUCCCAGCUGUUACAGUGAAGUGUUUCCCCAGUGCCGUUUACUGUAUACAGGUGGUGUUAUGUUUAUAGUAGUCGUCCCCAAGUUUUACAUUCAUUUAUUUUAUAUAUAGUAUUUUUGUUCUUAGAAAUAGGAAGCUGACGUAACUUGUAGCCAGUUAUUGCAGUAGCGGACAUUUCCUACUAGGCUUGUUUUAUGUUAUCUCUAUGAAGGGAUCCAGGCCUGGAAGAGAGAAGAUUUUUAAGAAUCGUAUGAACUGACAAUGUAAUUUAAAUUCCAUAUUGCACCUAUUUAAUGUACUGCACCUGUUUAAAGCUUAUCGAACAAUGAAUGGAAGUAACCACAUGUAAGUUAUACUCUUGCACCUAAGUAUGUAUUUGUAUAGUGUUUUUACCUCAGAAUACAUGAAAUCAUGAAUUUUUAUUUCACUGUGCCAUGUUUUACUUGUUACUUGAUUUGUAAAUGUUAAUAGCAAUGACCUUAUAAAUAAGCAAGG